AUGAACGAUAAUUGGCAAGCGCCGCUGCCGGCGGGCUAUAACGAUCUGAACCGCGCAUUCCUGCAGGCCUUCAUGGCCCGGGGCACCUUGACCUUCCCGGAAGGCCAAAAGCUACUCGCGGAAAUCCAAUCAGCUUCAGAGGGGGGCGAAGCCGAUCCAGAAUCGAUAACGCUGGAAGAAUUUGAGAAUGCCAUCCGCACCGCCCGUGAGGCUGUCAUGCCUUUAGAUUUUGACAUCCGCAACACUCACGACGAAGUCCGUCGCGGCGAGCGAGUGUGGGCCUUCAUUAACGCCCACAGCGAUCCAAUGACACAGAUGGGCACAGUCAGGACGCCCGAGGAGGUCGCCUACAUCAAGCGCCUCCUGGACGCCAUGUUUGAGCUCCACAAUACCCCUCGGAUGGAGGUGAUGGCCGUUGACGAGGGGCAUGCGCUGCAGGCGUCGCGCCCUACCCGACCGCGCGAGAGCGCCGCUCACGGCACCAACGAUGACAACGGGGAAGUCUCGGCCACCGCUACUGACCGCGGGCUUAAACACUCCGAGGUCUUAUCGCUAUUGUCAAGUCUUGUGGCCGAGGGCUGGCUGCGGAAGAGCCGGGCCGGGUUUUACAGCCUGACGCCCAGGACGCUGAUGGAGCUGUUUGGGUGGCUGGUGGCAACAUACAACGACCCAGACUCGGAUUCAGACUGGCAGCACAUCAAGUUUUGCGAGGUUUGUAAGGAGAUCGUCACGUACGGUCAGCGUUGCAAUAAUCCGGAUUGCACAAUAAGGUUUCAUGACAUCUGCGCGGACGGAUUCUGGCGAACUCGGAAGGACAAAAAAUGCCCCAAGUGCGAAACAGAAUGGGAAGGGAAUCACUUCGUGGGCGAGCGAGCUGUCACGUCAAGGUCAGGAUUUCAACGAGGUCAAGGUCGGCGGAGCAGACGGAGCACGGCGGAUGCGGAUGAUAUGGAAGACGAGGAGUAA